GGUAAUCUUCUGAUCAUCAGGUUCACAUAAAAAUAAACUUUUUACUGCUAAUAUUGUUCUCCCUCUCUCUCUCUCUCUCUCUCUCUCUCUCUCUCUCUGAAGGUGGGUGUUUGUGAUUUCAUGAAUUACGUGCUGUAUGAACCGAAAGAGAGAGACAAAGCGAGCACAAUCAUUCUGAUGUCUCUGUGUGAUGCCUUCAGUGUGAUCUUCUCACCGGUCAGGAUGUGUUCUGACUCCUGAAAUACUCCACAGAAACAUGACUGAAUAUUCAAACCGCAGUCAGUCCGGCGGAGAAUAUGAAUGGCAUUAUGAAUAUUAUGAUGACGAGGAGCCUGUGUCCUUCGAGGGCCUGAGAGCAAACAGAUACUCUAUAGUGAUCUGCUUCUGGGUCGGACUGGCCGUGUUCGUCAUCUUUAUGUUCUUUGUUUUGACGCUGCUGACAAAAACAGGAGCUCCGCAUCCAGAGAUCCUUGAUCCCAGUGAAAAGCAUCAUGGUCUAGCUGACUGUGUGCUGGAGCUCGGCAGUUCUCAGCUGUUUUCUCUCCCGCCGCUGACGGAUGAAUCACAUUCCCUCUUUCACUUCUACAUCCACGAGGAGGCCGUCAGAAACACCGUGAUUGGCCGAGGGAGGCAUUGUGGGCGGGCCUCUGAGUCUGGGCUCCAUCUCCAGGGGGCGGCAGAGGACGAGAGAGGAGAUGAAGACGAGCACUUCCUGUCCAACUUCCACAUUCCGAACUUCGUGAGCUCUGAACAGAACUACAGCGACGGCAACAAUGACUUGGUGCCAUGUGAGCUGUCAAUCAUCACAGACAGCCAAUCAGCUGUGCUGAAGAACUCAGAGUCCUAUGAUGUCAUCAGACGCUAGCACACAGACUCGUGUUUCACAUGGACAGCGACCAUAGACUGUAUAAAAACAUGGACGUAGUGUCCGUGACGUCACCCGUAUGUUUCCGAAGAGUGUCAAAAGUAGGCGGAGCCAGCUGUCGCCAUCUUGUUUGUCAGCGCAUCACCGCACGUCAAUCCCGGAUAAUUGAAAAUGGACAAAAAGGCGGGAUCUAGUUGAUGAAACCACGCCCACCUAGCUCGACGGCGGUGAUCCACCUGUCACUCAAGUGGCCACGCCCUUAAUUAUGCAGAACAUUUUAGGCUUAAUAUAAUUUAAACGGAUGAGUUAUAAAAUAAUUCACCGUCCUCACAGUUGUCAUGAAGGGCAAAAUUAGCUUUAUAGACCAAAAUAUUUUUUUGCACCAGGCUGUAAACGUUUUUUUCUGCUGUAAAGUUGGGCAUUUUAACAUGGAGUCUAUGGGACUGACUCUCUUCUGCAGUGAGCCUCUAGCGGCCAGUCGAUGAAUUACAGCUGGAGUCACUUCCGUGCUGGCUUCACGAGAGAGAGCUGGACCGUGACUGAUAUUUAAUGAGCUGCUGAUAAUUCUAAAAAGUGCAAAUUAAUGAGGGCAUUCAGAUCUUAUUGACAUCUGUUUUUAUUAUUUAAAGAAACUAUGUAGAUUACAUAGUUUUCUCAUUAGUGUAAGUGAACAUCCCUUCAC